AUUAACAAAUUUAUUUUCUAGUGAUUAAGUAAAAAAAGUUAUUGUAAUAUUUUGAAGAAACUUGAUAUUUAUUGCUGAGAAACAUUUGAUAUUUCAUUGUGAAGAAACUUAGUCAUCUUGUUGUGUAAAAACUUUUUUUUCUCAUAUGUAUGGAUCUCAAUGGAGCAAUUUCAUGGUUUCAAACUAAGAUUGGUACAUAUGAUAAAGCAAAUUGGGAAAUAACAGUAGAAAAGCACGAUGUUGAUGAGAUAUUAACUGAUUGCUUAAGUAAUGCAAAUUUGCCUAAGGAUUUGUUAGAUAUUGAUCUCAUUAGAGGUUCAACAUUUACAAAAGCAAAACCUUUCUAUCAUUGGACAUCAGUAACAAGUGCUGGUUUACUCAAAGUUAUAUUUUUUCCAUUAUAUUUUAGAUGGUGGCAACAGCAAACCUCUUUUAAAGUUUGGUUGUUUUUUUUAACACUUUACUUUUUGCAGCUAUUGUCAUUAGUAAUAUAUGUUACUCAUCAAACAGAAGAAGAAUUUAUUAAUAUUUCAUGGCCAGAAGCGUUUGUUCCACUUUUGGCAAUGGUUUUAUUAGGUGAAUUAUAUAUUCAUGUUGUAUCUACAAACUUCACAAAACCUGCUGGUCGAAAUAUUAAAAAGCAACGAAGUGGUGAAAUUAGUACUGAACCAAAAAAGCGUAAAAGAAGUUGUAGAAAGCGUCCAAAAAGAUUAGAUGAGAUCUCAGAAAGUCGUGAUGCUAGCACUGAACGAAUUCUUGUUCAUGAUCAAAAUGUUGAUCAAGUUAGUACAGAGAAUUUUCAAAUUUUAGCACAAUCUGAAACAGAUAUAAAUUUAAAUUUGGGUUUAAGGAAAAGAUUUUCUAAAAAUUCUGUCAAUGAAACAAAUAUAGAGGAAUCUUGUGAGCGAAAAAGAGAAGUUCAUAGUGUUGAUGAAACCACUUCUAAUCAAUCAGAAACUGAUUCUGACAGUACUAAUUCAUCAGAGUCAAUUAGUGAAAAUGAGGCUAAAGACUCAAGUACUCAAGCAAAUGUUGAAAAACAUAACUUACUGUUUUCAAACAGUGUUUAUGAUGCAGCAAAUAGCAACACACUAUUUAAUAUUAGACAUAUCAAUGAUCUUAUUACAGUCUCUAUUUGGGAUGGUAAUUCUUUUAAAAAAGCCAAAAUGAAUUUUUUUGAAAUAGGAAUGGCUGUGGUAAAAAAAGUUGAAUCUCGAAAAGAUAAGCGUUCCGAUUAUUUAACUUUUGCUAUUAUAUCAUCAUGCAUCAUUGGAAUGCUACCAUUAUUUUUUAGAAUUUAUCAAUUUCAUGUUGCAAAUAAAGAUCGCCAACUGCUUGAUACUUUGUCUCGGUUACUUGUUUCACUGAAAACUAUUGAUGGGAUAGUCACUAUUUGUAAGCAGCUAUUUGGACCAACUUGGAGGCCUCAACUAAUUGUAUUUAUUGCUAUGCUCUCAAGACUUACUUUAUCAUUUUCUACAUUCUUUUUACUUUGUGUUGCUGAGUCAGCAUAUAAAGUACGUUACAUUUAUGCCAAAUUAUUUGGAAUGAUCACAUCUACUAGAAGGUCUCGUAGAAAUCGUUUACCACACUUUAGGUUGUAUAAAGUAAAUAAUAUCAAGGCAUGGCUUUCUUUAAGAUCUUUUUUAAAGAAACGUGGACCUCAAAGAUCAGUUGACACUAUAGUAUCUACAUCUUUUUUAUCUGCAAUGUUGCUUGUUGUUUUGACUUGCAUUCAGUUUUUAUCCAUCAAUGUUAAAGAAGAUAGUUUUUUGAGUUAUUUUUUCAGCUGGGAGCUCACUGCAUGGAGUCUUGUACUUGGUGUAUUUUUGAUUCGCUUUAUUGCAUUGGGUUCAGAUAUCAACCGAAAAUAUAAGAACACGUCUAUACUUCUCACGGAGCAGAUAAACUUGUAUCUUCAAAUGGAAAAAAAUCCAAAUAAGAAAGAGGAUUUGUUGAUUGCAAACAAUGUUCUUAAGCUGGCUUCAAAAUUACUAAAGGAACUUGAGGGGCCAUUCAAAGUCUCCGGUUUCAUCAUGAACCCAUUACUUUCAAAUAUUACACGUGUCAUGGUACUUUCACUAUUUUCUGGUGUUAUGUCAGACAUACUAGGUUUCAGAUUACGGCUCUGGAAGAUAAAAGCCUAGUGGUUUUAUUGAAAUUCGUUGUACGUCGGGAUCUUCCUAUUCUGAUAUUAACUUUAAAAAAUUAUUUAUUUUGGUGAUGAAAAAGACGAUAGCACGUGGCUUACAUGUUUCCUAAAAUGGAGUUUCGUGUUUUUAAAAUUGAUUUUAGUCCAAAGUGGAUUUCAAAUGUUUGAGUGACGUCACACUUGAUGUGACAUUUAAAACUCAAAACUUUAUAUAUAUUCUAACUUUUUAAUUUUGUUUAACAAUUUUUUUUUUAUUUCAAGAAACAAAAGCGAAAUAUUUUGUCAAUCACGUAUAUUUAUGUACAUAAUAUUUUCAGUAACUUAUAUGUUUAUACGCAUCAAUAUUAUUGUAUGCUCACCAUGACUCAGAAUUAGGAAAAUAUUUAACUAAAA